CGCAGGCGCUGGGGCCGGGCGGGGAGCGGGCGGGAGGCGGCCCCGGGGAGGCAUCAGCCGCGGGGCAGGAGGUCGCUCCCCGGGCGGAGGAAGCGGCCGGGGCUGGAGCCGAGCCCGGCGAUGGCUGCAGCGGGGCCGGCGCAGCAGCUGCGGGUGGCGUUUGAGGACGUGGCUCUGUAUUUCAGCCGGGAGGAGUGGGAGCUCUUAUCCCGGCCAGAGAAGCAGCUGUACCGGGACCAGAUGCUGAGGAAUUACCAGGCCCUCGUUUCCUUGGGCUAUUCAGGUUCCACACCAGAUUUAAUCCACAGAAUUGAGGUAGAGGAGGCAGAGCUCUGGAUCCGGGAUGCCGAGGACUCCAGGGAAAUCUCGGGGCCUGAGAGCCCCUCCCAAGCAGGGCUCGGGAUACUGGGGGUACUGAGGACACCGUCUGAGUGUGGGGAGAGCGCGGCAGGAACGCAGGAUCCCACAGCCCACAAAAGGAUCCAUGCACAGGACGCAGUCCGUCCCCCGAAUAAACUCAGCCAGAGACUCCCCAUGGGCCGGUGUCCCUAUCGCUGCUCUGACUGUGGCAAGAGCUUCAGACAUCCCUCAAUCCUGAGACUACACUGGUUUACGCACACUGGGGAGCGGCCGCACCACUGCUCUGACUGCGGGAAGAGCUUUGCACAGAGCUCACACCUGAGAACGCACCAGCGCACGCACACUGGGGAGCGACCGCACCGCUGUGCUGACUGCGGGAAGAGCUUUGCAGAGAGCUCAACCCUGAGAGCACACCAGCGCACGCACACCGGGGAGCGACCGUACCGCUGUACUGACUGCGGGAAGAGGUUUUUCUGGAGCUCACACCUGAGAAGACACCAGCGCACGCACACCGGGGAGCGACCGCACCACUGUGCUGACUGUGGGAAGAGGUUUUUCCGGAGCUCAAACCUGAGAACACACCAGCGCACGCACACCGGGGAGCGACCGCACUGCUGUGCUGACUGCGGGAAGGGCUUUGCACGGAAUUCGAGCCUGAGAGCACACCAGUGCACGCACACCAGGGAGCGACCGUACCGCUGUGCUGACUGCGGGAAGAGGUUUUCACGGAGCUCACACCUGAGAAGACACCAGAGCACGCACACCGGGGAGCGACCGCACCGCUGUGCUGACUGCGGGAAGAGGUUUUCACGGAGCUCACACCUGAGAAGACACCAGAGCACGCACACCGGGGAGCGACCGCACCGCUGCGCUGACUGCGGGAAGGGCUUUGCAGAGAGCUCAAGCCUGAGAAUACACCAGCGCACGCAUCAGGGGCAGCCGCACCAUUGUAACGAGUCUAGUAAGAACUUCAACAGAACCAAUGCACUGAUCAAGCACCAGUGCACGCACACUGCCGGGGAGGACAUUCCGAUGCAUUGGCUGAAGCAGGAACUUUGCACGGGCCUCCUCCUUGCUAUCACAUCGGUUCAUUCACAGCCGAGAGCGGCCAUACAGCUGUGCUGGCUGGGGCAAGCACUUUGCUGGUACACUGUGGUCUCUCUCUCUGAGACCACAGAAGCUGCGCCCUUACCCUCUGUGACCUCUGCCCAGGUGGCUGAACUGAUUGCUCUAACCCGUGCCUGCUUUCCAGCCGAGGGGCUCUCUGCCACUAUUUUUACUGAUUCUCGGUGCGAGCAGCUUGGCCGACGGAGCCCACCUCUGCUGCCUGUCACACUCUUGAGCCUGGUGAUUGGGUCUACCUGCGGCACCACCUUCGGAAGCAUGCCUGGAACCCCGGUGGAAGGGUCCAUACCAGUCGGGGGCGGGUGGGGAGCGCAGCGGGGCGGGGCCGUCCCGGACACCUGGGUCCCAGCCCAGCCCAGCCCAGCCCGUGCGCAAGGAGGCGGCCUGGGCGGGAGGUCGCUGCCCGGGCGGAGGAAGCGGCCGGGGCCGGAGCCGGAGCCGGAGCCGAGCCCGGCGAUGGCUGCAGCGGGGCCGGCGCAGCAGCUGCGGGUGGCGUUUGAGGACGUGGCUCUGUAUUUCAGCCGGGAGGAGUGGGAGCUCUUAUCCCGGCCAGAGAAGCAGCUGUACCGGGACCAGAUGCUGAGGAAUUACCGGACCCUUGUUUCCUUGGGCUCUUCAGGUUCCAAACCAGACUUAAUCCACCGGAUCGAGCUAGGGGAGGCAGAGCUCUGGAUCCGGGAUGCCGAGGGCUCCAGGGUACACUCUAGGCCUGAGAGCCCCUCCUCAGCAGGGAUCGGGAUCGUGGGGGGAACGCGGACACAGUCUGAAUGUGGGGAGAGCACGGUAGGAACACAGGAUCCCACAUCCCACAGAGGGAUCCAUGCACAGGACGCAGUCCAUCCCCGGGGUAAACUCAGCCAGAGACCAAAUCUGACUACACACCAGAGACUCCCCAUGGGCUGGUGUCCCCAUCAGUGCAUCGACUGCAGCAAGAGGUUCAGGAACCCCUUCGCACUGACACAGCACCGGCGCACGCACACUGGGGAGCGGCCGUACUGCUGCACUGACUGUGGCAAGAGCUUUGCAAAGAGCUCAGCCCUGAGAACACACCAGCGCAGGCACACCGGGGAACGGCCGUAUCGCUGCACACACUGUGGCAAGAGCUUUGCAGAGAGCUCAAAGCUGAGAAUACAUCAGCGCACACACACUGGGGAGCGGCCGCACCGCUGUGCUGACUGCGGAAAGGGGUUUGCACAGUUUGCACACCUGAAAAGACACCGGCGCACGCACACUGGGGAACUGCCAUACAACUGUACCAUCUGCGGCAAGGGCUUUGCCCAGAGCUCAAGCCUGAGAACACAUCAGUGCGCACACACCGGGGAGCGGCCGUACUGCUGCGCUGACUGCGGCAAGACCUUUGCAGAGAGCUCAACGCUGAGAAUACACAAGCGUAUGCACACCGGGGAGCGGCCUUAUCUCUGCAGCGACUGCGGCAAGGGCUUUGCACAUAGCUCAACUCUGAGAAAACAUCAGCGCACGCACACCGGGGAGCAGCCUUACCACUGCAGUGACUGUGGCAAGAGCUUUGCAGAGAGCUCAAAGCUGAGAAUACACCAGCGCGCACACACUGGGGAGCGGCCAUAUCGCUGCACUGACUGUGGCAAGAGCUUUGCAGAGAGCUCAAAGCUGAGAGUACACCGGCGCACACACACGGGGGAGCGGCCAUAUUGCUGUGCUGACUGUGGCAAGGGCUUUGCACAGUUUGCACACCUGCAAAGACACCAGCGCACGCACACUGGGGAACAGCCAUACAACUGUACCGACUGCGGCAAGGGCUUUGCCCAGAGCUCAAGGCUGAGAACACACCAGCGCACACACACCGGGGAGCGGCCUCACCGCUGCACCGACUGCGGCAAGGGUUUUGCACAGAGCUCAACCCUGAGAAUACACCAGCGCACGCACACCGGGGAGCGGCCCUACCACUGUGACGAUUGCAAGAAAAGCUUCAGCAAUGCCAGUACGCUGACCAGACAUCAGCGCACACACACCGGGGAGCAGCUGUACCGCUGUGCCAACUGUGGUAAGAGGUUCAGCAAUGCCAACAAGUUGACCCAGCUUCAGCGCAUGCACACCAGAAAACAGCCGGACCACUGCGCUGUCUGCGGCAAGGGCUUUGCACACAGCUCAAACCUCUGAAUACAUCAGCACACACACACCAGGGAACGGCCAUUCCAAUGCACUGUCUGCAGAAAGAACUUUGCACAGAGCUAAUACCUGAGAAUACACCAACGCAUUCACAGCGGGGAGCGGCUGUACAGGUGUGCUGACUGUGGCAAAUGCUUUGCUCACUUGGGCAACCUCACCUGGCACCAGUUGACUCACCAGUUGACUCGCCCUUCUGCCACCACCAGGGCCCAAAGGGCUUCUGGUGGGCCUGGCACAGUGCCAGCAGAUUCAGACCAGGGAGUGGUCCUGUCCCCAUGAUGCCCAGCAGAGACUGUGUGGGGCAGAGAAUGGGACUUGGCUGAGCAGUGUGGGGAAGAGGAGACAGGUGAGGGGAUUUUAGAUCAGAUGGUCACAACCUUCUCCAUUUGGGACCCCUUCCAUCUAGGUGGGGUCCAGCCAGGUCUCUCUCUUUCUGUCAAACUCCCCCCAACACAUAUAGCUGUCAGGCAGCCAGGACAAUCCCCCUUCCUCCCCCUGCAUCCCUCCCCCAGAGCUACCUUGAUUUCAGCCAGGGGGUGACUCUUAGGUGACAUCUAGAGGUGGGAUUUGCAGUCCUGUCUCAGCAUGGAUUGGUCCAAGGAGGGCGGGGGGGGGAAGGAGGACAGUGCGGUGUGUCAGAUUGAAAGAAGAUUCAGGAACUGCUCAAACCGUCUAUUCUAAAUAGAAAUGUGAUGAAGAAAAACUACGUGCCUAAUGUGUAGCAAAGAUCUAACCAGUUGUUUCUUUGCUAUUAAAGAAGCUGAUGCAUUCAAAUGGUGUAUGGAGAAACCAAUAUGAAGUGUAAAUCUUUAAGAUAAACCAGUCCAAAUGUCCUAAGGCCUAACUGACCAUGAGGCCUGAUGAACUGUGUGACUGGCGGGUGCGCACAGAGAGUUUUGCAUUACUCCUUGGGGAAUUCUAUGCCAAAAAAAAUAAAAAUUCUGCACACCAUA